AUGACGGCCGUUGCGUACUUUGCGGACUGUGGGCCACUGAUGCAAAGGUCCACUGUCGGGGAUGUAUGCUUGGUGGUGGUCGUCGUCGGCAUGUGGAUCCUUCGUGCUCGGUGUGGUGGUCAUUCUUUUCUUGAAGUUCAGCGCGCGGCCUCAAACGAGACAAGCGCGGACUACUCCCUGAGCCUGCCCGGCAGCCGUGAUGGGGCAUCUCCUCCAUGGACUCGUCAAACUCCAGACUCCGAUGCGCCUCCUCGGCACAAUUACGGCCAUCAGUUCGAUGACAGCAUGGAUAGUGGCUUUGUGGCCCAAUCGACUCUGAUGUCAGAUCGACGCGCAGACGAUGUCACAUCUUCGUUUGGGCGAUCACGGUCGCAGCAGCCGAGCAAUGUUCUUGACAAUGGGGCCAUCUCCUCCACGGUGACGUUUGAAAGUGAUCGAUCUGGAAGCGGCAAACCACGCAUCGAAGCGGAAGCAUGUGAAUGGGAAAGUGCUGUGGCCAAGUACGGGCCUGACGUGGAGUACGUGCAGGCAAAUCUUAUCUUCGGGAUCAAGCACUACGAACUCGAUCAGUCCCAGCACCGGUUCAAAGCUCGCAUAGUCGGAGACCAUGUGCGUGACAUCUACGGCCGCCUUGUGGAGGAAGACCAAUUGCAUGGUCGACCUAUUGCACUUGAGGGAUCGCGGGCGCUGGAUUGCGACGCUGGUUUGCAACCCGACGGCGAUUGUCAGACUGCUGACGCUGAUGGUGCGUACUUGCAAGCUCGACUCAAAGGUUCCGAAGAGAUACUGUCACGUGACCAUGCUGAUGUUGCCACGUUUCUCGUCAAGCAGGAUGCUUACAUCGAUACCUUCGCGCGCAAGUAUUUGGAUGAGAUUGGGGCCUAUCGACUUCCACGAUACGACACACCGGCUGUGAAGCUCGCGGCCUGUGAUGUGUCCAGCAUGAAUGAACCAAAGUUUGCAUCAAAUUGUGGGACGUACGUGGGGGCCGGAUUGUGGAUAGCCCGGAAUAGUCGUCCUGAGAUACCUGUUGCUGUCGGAUGGUUAGGCCGGUACACUACGAAAUGGACCAAAAGAGAGGAUGCGGCCUUGCAUCGUCUCAUGGGAUAUCUAGCAGCUACUCAGUGA